AUGAAAACAUUCCAAAAUGGCGGCAGGAAGURCAGGGUCUUCUGCAGCCUUGCCAAACUUUAGGUACAUAAAAWCUAUCACAAGGGACUUGCUUGUAGACCUUUUGGAAUCGUUUCCUGGUAAGAAAGAUCUUGUUAUUGAUCCAAAGUUGAUGAAACCACUGGACCAUAUUGCUGGAGCAACAUUUCUUAAAGAACAUGGAAUUGAUAAAAUAUUCAAACUGGAACAUGGRAAAUUAGAUAUUGGUUCUAAUAGGCGUAUUUACCUUCUAAGACCAAGGAUGGUGCUGACCAAAUUUGUAGCUGAUCAAAUCAAUAAUGAUAAAAAUAGUCAGACAUCAAGGGAAUACAAAGUAGUCUUUGUACCACGAAAGGUAAUAUUUUAUUUGAAAUUGGGUAGUUCCAGAAAAUAUCCGUACCNAACUUACAAUGUGCCAUGGUUAUAUCUUGCAGAUGUUACUGUAGAUGAGUUUACAUUUGAUAUUAUUCCACUGGACAAAGAUUUAUUGUCAAUGGAGCUACCAGAAUUCUACAAAGACUUCUUCCUUGAUGGUGACCAGUGCUGGUUGUACUCUGUUGCUAAGGCUUUGAUGAUCGUCCAAUCAAUGUAUGGUACUAUACCACAAGUCUAUGGCCUUGGACGAACUGCUAAGAUGGURAUGGAGAUUAUGGAAGACUUAGUGAAAGAAGAAGGAGAAUACAAACCWGUUGAUGGACCUGAGAUUGGUGGUCUUAUUAUUAUAGACAGAGAUGUGGACCAUAUUACACCAUUUUGUUCACAAGUUACAUAUGAAGGACUUUUAGACGAUACAUUUGGAAUAAGAAGUGGGUUUAUAGAGUUUGGCUCRGAGGUUACAGGAAAAGAUCAGUCGGUUAAAUUAUUGCUGAGUUCAAGUGAUGAGGUUUUCAGUGACAUAAGAGAUCGUCACUUUUCAAAUGUGUUUGGUUAUCUCAGUCAAAAAGCAAAAAGGUUGCAAUCUGGAUAUGAUAAACGACAUGAAUUGUCAUCUGUAAGUGACAUGAAGAAUUUUGUCUCAACUGAGCUCAAAGACCUGAGACAGCAACAUAAAUCUCUUGCAAUACAUAUUGGUGCAUGUGAAGUAGUGUUAAAAAAGAAGGCAGCUGAGGAUUUUGAAAGGCAGCUUCAAACAGAGCACAAUAUACUUGAACUUGCUGACACCAAAGACUCUCUUGAAUUUAUUGAAGAAGCUAUCAUGAGACAGUUUUCCAGUAUAAACACUUUACGACUUCUCUGCCUACUGUCUCUUACACAUGGAGGACUUGAUCCUAAAUUAUACAGAUCGUUGAAAUCACAGUUCUUACAGAGUUAUGGCUACGAGCACUUAGUAACAUUUUCAAACUUAAAACGWCUAGGAUUGUUCACAGAAUCAGAUAAGAAAAAUGUAUAUAAAAAUGUCAGCAAAAGACUUACGCUGGUCCCUCGAGUAGUAGAAAACAUCGACCUCAGRAAUCCAUCCCACAUGGCGUACGUUUUCAGUGGAGCCUUUACACCCCUAAGUUGUAAACUAGUAGAGCAAAUCCUUUACGGCGGCGGAUUAAGUUCGCUAGAUGAUGUCACGCGAUUACUGGGAGCCGAUGUAUCGACGAUAAGACGACCAACUUCGGUGCGAACUC